AAUUCUGUCUAAUCUUAAAUUUGUUACCGAGUUCAGUAAUCGUCGCUUCAGCUCGACUCUAUAGUUUGUUUAAAACUACUUGAACGGUUUUGCUUAAGGUUGUUCGAAUGUUGUCAGCAACAACAGAGAAUGAACCAUCCACUCCAAAACUACUUGGUAAAGGGGCUUUCGGUAUUGUUUACGAAGGAAAAUGGAAUGGAGUGAAAGUUGCCAUCAAACGGAUAGACAAGACGGAAUUUCUAGCGUCUGAUGGAUCCAUCACCAACGCUACAACUGCUGGACAACGAAGUGAGGAAGAGGUCAUGAAAAAACUGGACCACCCUAACGUGCUCAAACUACUUCACGUCGAAAUCGAUAAGAAUUUCAAAUAUUUCUAUCUUGAAUUGUGUCUGGCCACCAUUGGAGAUUACUGCAAGGGAAAGUACGCUGGGCCCAUGCCACCGGAAGCAAAUUCUUUACAUCAAAUGGCCAGUGGAUUGGCUUACAUUCAUUCAAUCGGGUUAGUACAUCGAGACAUCAAAGAGGACAAUGUUCUGAUAUACAAAUCGGCCGAAGAUUGCAUCUGGCUCAAGAUUUCAGAUUUCGGCUUGUGUAAGCUAACAUCGGCUAGUGGUAGCUACUCGAUGAGAAGUGGCGUCAAGGGAAAUCAAAAGUUCUUUUCGCCCGAACUCCUUCAACUAGCCGACCAGCAGGCUAGGAGUUUCGAUAGCGUAGUUCAUCAGAGAAGUAACGUGUCGUCCGACGUCUUCGCGCUGGGCUGUCUCUUUCACAGUUACUUGACUAAAGGGAAACAUCCUUUCUCCGAUUCACGAGGAUCAUUCUUUAUCCCGAUCAAUAUUCUGGAAGGAAAAUUCCACCUCGACGAUCAAAUCAACACGACUUUCCGGCUCGUAAUCACCGGAAUGAUUAUUCUUAAUCCUGAAACACGCUGGAGUUUGGAUGCCGUCGAAGUACAAUUAAAACCUCAUCUAACAACAAAUUGAUCAAUUUAAUAAAUUAGCACCGAUUAGGAAUAUCGUGCACAGAUAAAAAUACAAACUUUCCCUAUUAC